ACUACCAACAGGCAGCGAAUUCAUGAGAGGAAGUGACUGAGAUUGGGAGACGAGCAACAACUCCACACGGUUCCAGAAACGACAGUUAACACUAAAUGAGAUGCAAAAACUUAAUCUCUGUGCGCUUCAAAUGGACUAGAAGCGCCGGGUCUCGGCAGAUGGAGGCGGCGAGAAGUUUGGUGUUUGUCGCGGCCGUGCUGCUCGGAGUGACGGGCGCUUUGGGCAGAGAAGUCUGCCGGGGUACAGACAUGAAGCUGGCCCUGCCCUCCAGCCUGGAAAACCACUACGAGACCCUGAGGCUGCUCUAUACUGGUUGCCAGGUUGUUCAUGGAAACUUGGAGAUUACACACAUCCAUGGAAACCCCGACCUCUCCUUCCUGCAGGGGAUUGUGGAGGUACAGGGUUAUGUACUCGUUGCUCAUGUUUCAGUGAGCCUGUUGCCCUUGGACAAUCUUCGGAUCAUAAGAGGCAGCCAGCUGUACAACUCCAGCUACGCGCUGGCUGUGCUGGAUAACGCCCAUGCCGGUCUUGGGUUGAGGACGCUACGGCUUCGUAGCCUCACAGAGAUCCUAUUGGGUGCCGUGUAUAUUUGGGGAAACCCCCAGCUGUGCUUCCCAGACCCCCAGCACAUCAAUUUGACGGACAUCUUGGAUGAGCAGAAUGGCUACGCCAAGGGACACCAACUGCAGCCUCGGGCUCCUAACUGUCCAAGUUGUUCCUCUGCAUGUGGGAAAAGAUGCUGGGGAGAGACUCCUCAGGACUGCCAGACCCUGACCCGCUCUAAAUGUGCGUCUGGCUGCCAGCGAUGUAAAGGUCCUCUACCCAACGACUGCUGUCACCUGCAGUGUGCUGCUGGAUGCACGGGACCCAAAGACUCAGACUGUCUGGCUUGUCGUCACUUCAACGACAGUGGUGUGUGUAAAGAAAGCUGUCCUCCACCCACCAUCUAUGACCCUGCCACCUUUCAGACCCAACCCAACCCAAAUAUGAAGUUUAACUUUGGAGCCACCUGCGUUAAGACGUGUCCUUAUAACUAUCUGGCGUUGGAAAUGGCCUGUACUUUAUCUUGUACCCCAGCCAACCAGGAAGUUAUCAUCACCCAACCAGAUGGAACAGAGACGCAGCAGUGUGAAAAGUGUGAAGGAGACUGUCCUAAAGCGUGUUACGGCCUGAGUAUGGACAACCAGGGUGUCACAGACAACAACAGCAUCACCAUGGUAACGUCUUCUAAUGUGGAGCAGUUCAACAAGUGUAAGAAGAUUUUUGGUAGCCUGGCCUUCCGCCCUCAGAGCUUUGCAUGGGACCCUGUGACCAACGCUUCAGGCCUGACUUUGGAGCAGCUGAGCGCCUUCAGGACACUUGAGGAAAUCACAGGUUAUUUGUACAUCGAUGCCUGGCCAGAGCAGUGGACCAACCUCAGCGUGUUUGAGAACCUGAAGGUGAUCCGAGGCACGAUGCUCUACAAGGGUGUGUUCUCGCUGGCCAUCCAGAAUCUAAACAUCCAGUCUCUCGGGUUGCGGUCACUGCGCAGUGUCAGUGGAGGUUUGGUCUUGAUUUACAACAAUACACAGCUGUGCUACACCAGCUCACUGCCAUGGCAGAAUCUCCUCCAUCCCACCCAGGGUCCGCACCGCAUCGUCAGCCGCAACCAGGACCCUCAAGUGUGUGAGGCAGAGGGAGAUGUUUGUCACCCACUGUGUAAGGGGGGCUGUUGGGGUCCGGGGCCCAGCCAGUGUGUGUCCUGCCAAACUUUCCAACGUGGCACUGAGUGUGUCGAGCAGUGUGACGUCUAUCAGGGGUCUGUGCGUGAACACCUAGAUGGAUCUAGGUGUGUUGCCUGUCAUGCACAGUGCCGACCCCUCAAUGGCUCAGCCUCCUGCCACGGGCAGGGUGCCGAACAUUGCACGGAGUGUCGGAACUCCCAGGAUGGCGAGUUUUGCGUGGAUCGCUGUCCCAGUGGCGUGAAGGAGGAUCAGCAUACCGUGUGGAAAUACAGCAACGCUACUGGACACUGUCUGCCAUGCAACACCAACUGCACGCCCCCCUGCACUGUGAAGGAUGAGAGAGGCUGCCCCAUUGACACCAGGACAGGACCGGGCACGACCAUCGCGGCUGCUGUGGGUGGAGUGGUGCUCUUCUUCAUCCUGCUGGCUCUGCUGGUGUUCUACCUGAGGAGACAGAAAAAGCUAAAGAGGAAGGAGACACUGAGGAGGAUCCUGCAGGAGCACGAGCUGGUGGAGCCUUUAACACCAAGUGGUGCUUCACCCAAUCAAGCUCAGAUGCGUAUAUUGAAAGAGACCGAGCUGAAAAAGCUCAGGGUGCUGGGUGCGGGGGCCUUUGGUACUGUUUACAAGGGAGUUUGGGCUCCUGAUGGGGAAAAUGUGAAAAUCCCAGUGGCCAUUAAGGUGUUGCGUGAAAACACCUCACCAAAAGCCAAUAAAGAAAUUCUUGAUGAGGCGUACGUGAUGGCGGGGGUUGCCAGCCCCUAUGUGUGUCGUCUCUUGGGGAUUUGUCUCACCUCGACGGUGCAGCUGGUCACUCAGCUGAUGCCGUAUGGCUGCCUCCUCGACUACGUCAGAGAGAACAAGGACCGCAUUGGUUCGCAGUUCCUCCUCAACUGGUGUGUCCAGAUUGCCAAGGGCAUGAGUUAUCUGGAGGAUGUCCGGUUGGUUCACAGAGAUCUGGCCGCCCGCAAUGUCCUGGUGAAGAACCCGAACCACGUGAAGAUCACUGACUUCGGUCUGGCUCGUCUGCUCGAUAUAGAUGAGACAGAGUAUCACGCUGAUGGAGGGAAGGUGCCAAUUAAAUGGAUGGCCCUGGAGUCUAUCCUGCACAGGAAGUUUACUCACCAGAGUGAUGUAUGGAGCUACGGGGUGACGGUUUGGGAGCUGAUGACAUUUGGCUCUAAGCCCUAUGACACGAUUCCAGCAAGAGAUAUCCCAGAGGUUUUAGAGGGGGGAGAGCGGCUUCCCCAGCCCCUCAUCUGCACCAUCGAUGUCUACAUGAUUAUGGUCAAAUGUUGGAUGAUUGAUCCUGAGAGCAGGCCGAGAUUCAAAGACUUGGUCAGUGACUUUAGUGCCAUGGCUAGAGAUCCACCUCGCUAUGUAGUUAUUCAGAACGAUGAAGAGAUGAGCAAGUGCAGCCCAGUUGACAGCCAGUUUUACCGGAUGCUUCUGGAGGAAGGUGAAAAUGUGGGGGAAAUGAUGGAUGCUGAGGAGUACCUGGUGCCACAGCCAAACCUCUUCCCCAGGGCGAAAGGGGAUGAGCCCCAGGCCAAUGGGCCAUCCCGACACCAGUCGUAUAGGAGCAGAGAACAGGGCUUAGAUGUUGAGCCUUCCAACAUUGGUGGGUCUCGGAGCAUGCACUCCCUGAGUGGACUCGGCCGUAUUCAGUACCCAACCUUACCAAUGGGUGCGAGCACCUCUAACGGCGUGUGGCCUCAAUAUCCAAUGCUGGCUCGCAGCACCUCAGCUGGAGGUCAGUCUGACUCGGUCUUCUUGGACGCACCUCCAGACGGCCAUUCGUUGGUGCCAGCUAGCCCCGGACGCUACAGCAAAGAUCCCACCAACCCCAAUGGGAGCCAGGGUGACUUAGAAACUGAUGGGCAUAAUGGUUUUCACCAUCCUCAUCACUCACUGCCCAGGCGGGGUCAUGGCUACAUUCAGAACCAUCCCUUGCCAGAGUAUGUCAACCAGGAAAUUCAGGAUCUCAGGCCAGGUUUUCCCGAGCGGCCCAGCACACUGCCUCGAAAAUGCUCCAGAAUAGACCGGCGCCUCCCUAAUGGCCUGAGUUCGGGUCACAGUGUGGAAAACCCAGGAUAUUUGAUCCCCGUGAACUCCAUGGGCUCCACCUCUCCAGCCUUUGACAACCCAUACUACCUGGACCUUGUGACCAACGUGAUACCCGGAGCUGCGGUGGGGUGCGGCCCCGCAUCACUGGAAAGUGACGGAGGAGCAACCAGGCAUGUGAACGGUUUUGUGACACAGACUGCAGAAAAUCCAGAGUAUUUAGGAUUAGCAGACACUUGGAGUGGGCAUACUUGAGGAGAGGGACCGUGAGAAUGAAGAGGAGAUGCAGAUUGUGUCCCACUGAGGGAAAUGAGAGAACGGGAAGUGUGGUAGAAGUGAGCUGGAUGUGUGUUUUGGAGCUGGGAACGUGGAACUGAAUUUCCUCCUUCUCCUUCUGUCUGGGGAAGCAGCGGCACCCAAACUGAUCAAGGUUGUCCUUAAAUCUCACCCUAUUAUUGCCCAGUUGUGACACACAUGGACUCAACACAGUGUAGCAUUCAUGUGGUGCCUGUGGCAUCAUUUGUAUUCAAGUCUUCCUCUAAACAAUCUGUGACUGUUGAGUGCCAAAAAGAAGUUUACUCAUCUUCUGUAAAUAACAUGAUAAGCAAAGGAAUUUAAGAAGGUUCUGAUUAUCAUUUUUUUAAUGGUCAUUUUCUUUUAAUUUGUUUAAUAUCUUUAGAUUUUCCACUACAUGUGAAGCUUUUUUUUUGUGCAUUUCCUUCAGUUCCCUCUGGAUAUGCUACUCAGUGCAGCUGAACAGUGAAGAAAAGAUGUAUAACACUUUGACAAGUGAGCCAUGAUAUGCAUUGAAGAUGAUGCUUAGUAUUCUGGUCAGUUUCUCCCGGACCUGACGGGGGUCUCCAGCACUCUCAAAGCCAUUUUGUUUUUGACAGAGAAGGCCCUGCAGCCCAUCUGGCCAGUAGACAUGCUCCCUGAAAGAAAGGCAUCCUGUAUGGAGAAGACAGAGGCAUUGUGCCGCACUGAUGUAUGUGGUUGUUGGUGAACGUGGCUGUAGAUACUUUGUGGUACGAGACAUCAGUUAUUGAGGUAUGAGGAGACAUUUAGAGCUGCAGAAGUGUCUAAAAAAUUAGAAUCAGUGACUAACUGUUCAGUCAUUGUGGUUUUUCUAAGAAGUAGGGAAAACUACUGACAUUUAAGUCAUGAAAAACACACUAUAUGCAUGUUAGGCAACUCUGUAUGUUUGCGUGUGUAUGUGCCCUCCAAGCACAGUAAGCCUUUAGAGCCUUUGGUGGCUUUUCGCUGUGCAAGCAAGCUAUCAGUAAAUAUAUCCCACAAGAAGUGAGGAAUCUACAUAAGAUACCAUAGCCUAUAUUUAUCCCAGAUUUGGGAAAUUCAUGUACAAGUGAGCAAUCCACUAGGCACUGGAGCUGAAUCUGAGGAGGCAGAGAGAUUGCUGUGCUCUUUUUGUAUAAUCAAUGCAUGGCUCGAAUUCCUCUCACUGAGAACACACUGACAUCCCAGUUAAUAAUCAGCAGAAUUUUUUUUUUCUCUUUCAUGUUAACUGGUGUUGGGAUGGGGGAGGUCGGGGCCGAGUCAAUGGAGUCAUUGUCCGACCCUCAUGUCCUUGUCGGAAAGUCAUCGCUCCUAACUUGCGCAUCCAGAGUGGCGAUGUUUGAAAAAAAACAGGAGUUUUAGUGGUUCACUGGGGCUUGUAAUCCUGGACCAGUCUUGAAACAAGCGGGUGAAGUGAUCUUUCUCGUGCUUUGCAUCCACCUGCUCACAACUACUACUGAGUUUGAGCCUAUUUGAGAUAUGUAAAUUCUCACCAUAACAGCUGGAGUAUCUCAUCAGUGGGAUGUUUGUGCUGAAAUGAGCACAACCGCCUCAUUCAUGUUUUACUCUGAAAGUCUUGGCAGUUUUUUAAUUUCCUUUCAUCUUGACGUUCUCAUACGGGUUGUGAAGAGUUUUGUUCCAGAAUAAGAUUUUUUAAUAUUAAGCCUGAUUUUAACACUACAGUUUUGUACCAAAAAAAAAUGUAUAUACUGGAUUUUUUUCAAAACCCUUAUACUAACGUAAUGUAGAAUUAAAGUUUUGAGUGAUGUUUUUUAUUUUUAUUACUAUAAUGGAUAUAAAGUGUGGUGUUUUGGAAUGAAACCCUUCAUAAGUAUUGUUGCGGUCAGGUGGAAAUUUCAUAUCUCCACUAAAAGUGAUGAUUAAUGUAUACACCGAUCAAGACACAUUAUUAGACCCUUGAAGGUGUGCCGUUGUAUCUGAUUAUUGUAUCCGAUCAUGGCAAUAGAUCCUUUAAGCCCUGGAAGUUGCAAGGUGGGCCCUCCGUGGAUCAGACUUGCUUGUCCAGCACAUGCCACAGAUGCUUGAUUGGAUUGAAAUCUGGGGAAUUUGGAAGCCAGGUCAACACCUCAAACUCAUUGUUGUGCUCCUCAAACCCAUUCCUGAACCAUUUUUGCUGUGUGGCAGGGAGCAUUAUCCUGCUGAAAGAGGACACAGCCAUCAGGGAAUACUGUUUCCAUGACAGGGUGUGCUUAGGUAGGUGGUAUAUGACAAAGUAGGAUCCACAUGAAUGGCAGGACCCAAGGUUUCCCAGCAGAACAUUGCCCAAAGCAUCACACUGCCUCUGCCGGCUUGCCUUCUUCCCAUAAUGCAUACUGGUGCCAGGUGUUCCCCAGGUAAGCGACACACACGCACCUGGCCAUCCACGUGAUGUAAAAGAAAAUGUGAUUCAUCAGGCCAGGCCGCCUUCUUUCAUUGCUCCGUGUUCCAGUUCUGAUGUUUACGUGCUCAUUGUUGGUGCUUUUGGCAGGGGACGGGACGGGUCAGCGUGGGCACCCUGACUGGUCUGCUACUAUGGAGCCCCAUACACAACAAACUGUGAUGCACUGUGUAUUCUGACACCUUUCUGUCAGAACCAGCAUGAACUUUU